AUGUCUUCUUCCAUUGAUCCUUCGCAGGCUAGCGCCAAACCAGGCGCUGCACCAGCCGCUGCUACAGAGGCUGUGCUUGUCCGCUCUGUUUCUAUGCCAGAUACGGCGGUGACAGUGGAGGGUCCGGAUUUUAACAAAGACUUAUCGUUACAUGAGUUGCUGGAAAAAUACACGAGAGUGGGUUUCCAGGCUACAAGCAUCGGAAGGGCUAUAAAAGUUAUUAAUGACAUGAUAACCUGGCGUCUUGUCGAUGAUCCAAUCCUACCAGACGAGUCACCUGAAUAUACUGACCCAGUCACUCGCGCAAACACAAAGUGCAAGAUUUUCUUUGGUUACACGUCGAAUCUCGUAUCCUCUGGCCUACGAGAGGUCAUACGAUUUCUGGUACAACACUCCAUGGUUGAUGUGCUGGUAGCCACGGCGGGCGGAGUCGAAGAGGAUUUUAUCAAGUGUCUGGGAAAGACGUAUUUGAGUUCGUUUGAAGAAAAAGGAAGCGACUUGAGGAAGAAAGGCUUGAAUAGAAUUGGGAAUUUAGUGGUGCCAAACGACAACUAUUGCGUGUUUGAGGAUUGGAUGAUGCCUAUUUUGGAUAAGAUGCUGAAAGAACAGAAGGAGCAGGGAAUAGUAUGGUCUCCUUCAAAAAUCAUUCACCGUCUGGGAAAAGAGAUUGACAAUCCAGAUUCAAUAUAUUAUUGGGCAUAUAAGAAUAAUAUACCCGUCUAUUGCCCAGCCCUAACAGAUGGCUCGUUAGGUGACAUGAUAUACUUCCAUACAUACAAAAAUCCGGGUCUAGUCGUUGAUAUUGUUGCGGAUAUAAGAUCGCUGAAUGACCAUGCAUUCACUGCGAAAAAGUCUGGGAUGAUUAUUCUAGGGGGUGGAGUGAUUAAACAUCAGAUUUGUAACGCAAACUUGAUGAGAAAUGGGGCUGAUUACGCAGUAUAUAUCAACACUGGCCAAGAGUUUGACGGAAGCGAUGCCGGCGCACGACCUGACGAAGCCAUCAGUUGGGGGAAAAUCAAAAUGACUGCUGAACCAGUAAAGGUGUACGCGGAUGCUACUAUAGUGUUUCCGUUGAUCGUUGCAGAGACAUUUGCUAAGCACUUCCAUGAGAAAAAGAAG